AUGCGCCGGUCGUUGUCAUAUAUCGCAUUGAUUUCGUUGUUGUACUCGCAGCAUUACAGCCCGCUGAGAGAGACGCGCCGGACGCGACCUCACAGGCUCAUAGUGUUGCUGAUGCCAAUUGCAAGCAGCCUGCAGGGGCUCCCGACGGAGUGGUCAGAGCGCCUGCGGAUGUAUUCUGAACCCUUGCUCGGCCCUCCCCUGGCUUUCGUCGUCAGACAGUUCGGCAAAAUUUCAUCGACAAAGCAGUGCAGCACCUCUCAAUCGCAUCCCGUCUUCCUCCACUGUACGAAACGGAGCCGGACCCAACCACUGGACAUCACCUCCGACCUUCGUCAUCACGCCUGCGCCCACAACAUGCCCCUCCUGCCCGCCGCCGCUGCUGCUGCACGCGACUGUCGCUCAGCUCCACUAAUACGCUCGACGACGUGA